CGCCUCGGAAGGACCCGGCUCUCAGGCCCGCGCAGUGGCCGCAGCGCGCAGCCCGGAGGCGGCCGCUGGUUCCCCGGCCCGACCCGCCGGCCGGCGCCCCGCCGCGGUUCUGGGGAAUACAGUUGACUCUGGAACUACAGGUUCAACGAGUUUGAACUGCCCGGGCCGCUCAUAAGCAAAUAAUACAGUGUCAUGCCUUAGGGCCAUGAGAGCUGCCCCCGAAGACUCCUAGUGGCCAACAGCUCCCAGGCAACGCAUGUGCUUGGGCUCCAGCUCCCACUGACACAAGCGGGAAUCCCAUCUGCCGGCCCUCCAGCCUGGAAGCCUCCCCGAACCAUGGAGGCCCCGGACGUCCCCGUGGGCACACUGAUAGACUUCGGGACUGAGCCGUCUGCCUCCUCACCCCUGGAAGCCCUACCUCCGAAGCUGCAGGAUGGGGAUAGCUCCCAGGGCGACGGUGCUUCGGAGAGCGAGACCACAGAGUCUGCGGACAGUGAGAAUGACAUGGGCGAGUCACCCUCACACCCAUCCUGGGACCAGUACCGCCGCUCCUCCUCCAAUGAGUCCUUCUGUUCCAACCAGAGCACCGAGUCCACCAAGGAUGAGGAGGCCCCGGAGCUCCGGGAGUUCAUGCGCAGCUACGUGGAAAAGAUCUUCUCUGGAGGGGAGGACUUGGACCAGGAGGAGAAAGCCAAGUUUGGAGAGUACUGUAGCAGUGAGAACGGGAAAGGCCGCGAGUGGUUUGCUCGAUACGUGAGCGCCCAGCGCUGCAACUCCAAGUGUGUCUCGGAGCCAACCUUCUACCGCCUGGUGCAGUCUUUCGCUGUCGUCUUGUUUGAGUGUCAUCAGAUGGACGACUUUGGGCCUGCCAAGAACCUCAUGACCAUGUGCUUCACCUACUAUCACAUUGGUAAGCCACACCUGCUGCCCAUGGAGUCCAAGGAAAAGCCUGCAGGGAGCAUCGACUCCUACCUGAAAUCCGCCAACAGCUGGCUGGCAGAGAAGAAGGACAUCGCUGAGCGGCUGCUGAAGAACACGGCCAGAACAGAGAAUGUCAAGGGCUUCUUUGGGGGGCUGGAGACCAAGCUGAAGGGACCCCUGGCCAAGAAGUACGAGGAGGAUGAGAACAAGCCCAAGGAGAAACCACAGAAGACCGUGACCAUGUGCAGCCCGGAGGAAGAAAGGAAAGGGGAGAAGGUCUACCUGUACACACACCUGAAGCAGCAGCCCAUCUGGCACACGCUGAGGUUCUGGAACGCGGCUUUCUUUGACGCUGUCCACUAUGAGAGGAGAAAGCGGUCUCCCACCACCAGAGGGGAUGCUGGAGAGGAGGAGAAGAAGAGGGAGAAGUGGUGCCACAUGACCCAGGAGGAGCGCAAUGACAGUCUGCGGUUCAAUGAGAACAUCACCUUCGGGCAGCUGGGCACGUUCACUCACAACAUGCUGGCAUUCGGGCUGAACAAGAAGCUGUGUAAUGACUUCCUGAAAAAGCAGGCCGUGAUCGGCAAUCUGGAUGAAGAGCAAUACAAGCUGCUGAGCGACCACAUUGAGCAGAUGGCCACUGAGUAGGCCGUGGGAGGUCGCCCAGAGUACCCUCCAGGAGGACUGAGGGUACACACCCCUUUCCUGGGCCAGCGACUGGCUGUCACCCCACCUGAUGACCCUGCAUGACAUCGGCAGCACCCAGAGCCACUCCACGCUGCCCUAGAACUAGCAGUUAGAAGAAUCCGGUUGCCUGUCUCCCCACCUCCCUUUUGCCUUGUCUGCUCCCCCCAUCUGCGUGCCAAAGGGUCCCUGGGAUUACAUGGCUAAAACCAAGGUGACUGCCCGUACUCCUGAGUGUCAGGCCUGUGACAUAAGACAAAGCAGGAGGAGGAGGAAGGAGAGCAGGGCCGAGGCAGACACAGGGCAGCGCCUGCUGCAGCCUCCUGAGAAGGAGAGAGGGAGAGGGUGGGGUGCACAUGGGGAUGCAGAUGGAGACACCAUGAGCUGGCCCACUCCAGAGACAUGGGGCAGGCCCUGCUGAUAGUCUGGGACGUUCUUCUUCAGCAGUGGGAUGGAGUAGGGGUACGCCCACAGUCAGGGCCCCCAGGGCAGGCUGGGUCAGUCCGUGGCUUCGGCUGGCUCUGUGCCAGCUCCCCACCCUGAGACAGGAACUGGAGUCACUGAAACUGCUGGGAGGAAGGAGACACUUCCGAUUUUAGGGAGGGGAAAGAGCUCGGUGCUGGGGACCUCCUUCCCUGGCUGCAGAAGGGCCCAGUCAGGGGGGUGAGCGCCCCGGAGACCUGGCAGGAUCUGAGCGGCUGCUUUAGAAUCACACCAGCACCAAGGUGUCGGUGUCAGACCACCCGAAAUGUGCCUGGUCCACUGACAGCUUCCUUCUGAAGCAGAGAGAGUCCUGCCACUCUCCCUGGGAGUAGCAUGGGCUGUCUGCCCCAUGAAGCAGCAUUGGAAAGAGAAGUUUUUUCAGUAGUUGCAAGGCAACCACCCUUUUUAAAAGCAGACACUGCUGUCCUGUAUUUCAAGGAAGACAGGAAAAUCUGUCCGUGUGACAGGCAGCCGGGCAGAGGCAGCUUCUGGUGGCACCUGUGUGAGGCUCGUUAGUGGAGCAGCCGUGCGCCGUCCACCCCCGGCAGCCUUGGGAAGGCGCCUUCCCCUCCCUCCUUGGCCCACGCAGGUUGACCUCUUUCCUGCAGGCUCUGCAGACAACCCCCGCCGUCCUACAUCAGGUGCCUGGGAACCCUGGCUUUUCUCCCUCGGUUUGUACCGGGCACCGCUGACCAGCCCCAGGACUGACGUGUGACGGCAAGCAUCCAGCAUGCAGCUCCCCUGGUGUGAAUAUUUCCCGUCAGUCUGGUUCCCUCUGCCUUGGCGCCUUGCCCUUGGGCUCUACCUUUCCCGACAUCCUCCCCUCCCAUUCCCUUCUCUACCUCCUCGCCUCUCGGUCAUCACAUUAUGGUCUCCUCUUGAGCACAACAAACCAUGCCUGGUCGUUGUUACCCGGCCAGUGCUGGAGCGCUUUCCCUCAUGGAAUGCCUCCCUGGAACGUUCCAGAGGCGAGCAUGCACCAACUGAGCUGUAGCACACGUGUCUUGGUGAGGAUGAGAGAGGCGACGUGAAGCAUGGUGUGAUCUGAGCGUGCAGCUGUGCAGCUUUGCCAGCCAAAGGCUGGAUCCUGAAGCUCUGCUUGUUUUUAUGAUGGUGUCUUGUACGUGUGUGCACGUGUGUGCAUGUGUUUUGGGAGGCAGUCAGCCUGUCUGGCAAUGUCACCAAAUAAAGCACAGCCGUAUUGCUGGGUCAGGUCCCACAAACAGGAGGUCCCCCCAAUUCCAUGGCCAGUGUUGGGCCCCAGGGAUAGCAUAUGUCUCUACUGAAUGCAUUUCAAAGAAAUAAGGUCAAAUUAACAGGUAUAUGGACCCCUCCUUCAAAUAAUGCAUCCCCUCCUAAAAGACUCAGCCAUGACCCAGACUCCGUCAUGCUCCGCUCCCCGUCUGUAGAAUCAGGGCCACACAGGGGGUCUGUCCGAGGCCCCCACUGGGGUCUCCCCUUAGCUGCAGUGUCGUUGGCUUUGUCAUUUCUUAUUCUUUGGUUGAAAUGCGUUAGGACUUUACUGUAAGGUGCCCAAAAGACUUAUCCUUGUGUAUGUGAGGUAUUUGUAUAGAAGUUUGGUUCUACUUUCUGGAGAGAGCCAAGUGGGUCCUGAGGUCCAUUCCCCCAGGGAGGGGCCUGCAAGACCUCGCGGGCUUUGGAAAGAAGCAUAGCUGUAACUUCUUUUGGCUUUUUCAAGCACUUUAACUUCAAAAAUGAACUUGAGACUUUUAUUCCCCAUGUAGGCCUCUUGAAAUAGCAGUUAAAGGUGGAAGCAAGGGCCACUUUGGGUUUUCUCCCCUCCCGCUCCUUGUUCUUUUGGAUCUGGCUGGGAAGAGCGGGGUUGGUCAGCCGCCGGCUGCUGCCAGAAACGUGAGCCCUCCUCAGAGGGCUUGAUGAUGGCUUGCCGUCUCCUGGUGGCAGCCUUAGAGUGCCUCUGGCCAGUGUCACCUGGAGGAGUACCAACCCUAGAAAGAAGGCUGGCAGCUUGCUCUGCUAUUUCCCUCUGUCCUUGUAACACUGUCUCUUCCCUCGGGGGCCUGGCUGGAGCAGACACAGGACAGUCUCAGAGAUCCUAGCAUGUGGAGAGGUGCCACCCUGGUGUACACACAGGGACACUUUGGUGUGAAAGCCCCUCUAGCCCUUCCUGUAAACUCAGGAACCAGAGACUCAGUGCAGGAAGGGUCAGAUCAUAUCCUAGAAGAGAGUUUCCCAUCCCAGCAGGUAGGGUGUCUGAAGCCGGGAGCUCUGAAGGCUCACCCUGAUGCAGUGGCAUUUCAGGUUUUCUGCUGCCUUUCCUCUGGGGCUGUGUGAAUCACAGUGAGCCAGGACAGCCAGUCCUCUCAAAUAAAAAGUUCCCUGCACGGAAAACAGGAUGAUGUUGAGAUGCAGCUUUUGGAGGAGGGGUCAGGGUGGUGCUGAGGGAGACAGGGAAGGAGAAUCCCAAGCAGGCCCCACGCCCAGUGCAGAGCCCGACACGGGGCUCCAUCUCAUGACCCUGAGAUCACGACCUGAGCCAAAAUCAAGAGUCAGAUGCUUAAUGGACUGAGCCACCCAGGUGCCCCACGAUGCAGUUUGGUAUGUGUUGAACGUUUGUUUUAAUUUUAGCAAUAUUGGUAGAUGUGUAAGAGAGGCCACGUUGAUAUUCAGAUUGCAUCUGCUGUAUGUGUGUGCAUGUGUUUAACCAAAGGAGGAGAACCGGAUUCUGAUACUCUGAGUUAUUUGUACAGUGAAAUGGAGUGAUCUGUGAUUUUCCUGUUGCCAAAAAGGGGGGGGGGGGAGAUGCUAAGAAGCUCCUACAUUACCAAAAGGAGGACCAGAAAGUGCCCAUGUCCUGAGUUCUGCACCCAAAUUAAAACCUAGCAUGUUCAGGUUAGCUGGUGAGCCCACCCAGGCAGAGGUGGACAGUUAACUUGUCCCACGGAGCACCUGGUAUUCCAGACUCCUGAUGUGGGAAGCGCAGCGCGGAUGCCAAGAAGAAGUUUGUGUGAGGCUCCAUCUCGCCCCGGUGACCACGCCUGCCAGUCAGGGCCGCAAGCUGCAGGCCUGACCUUCCUGUGCACCGCGGCAGCCUGACGGUUGGCUUGUAUUUGGGGAGGAUCUAGGUGGACCUGUGAGGUUGGAUCAAUUUAUUACCAGAUUACCUAAAACUGCAAACAUGUGGCAACUGAGUGGGGGCAGCCGAAUCCUUUGCCUGGCACAGUGGAGAAGCUUGGGAAGGAUGGUCUGUCAUCCAGAGGGAGGGGGCAGGAGUGGGGAGCCAGGCCAGCCCCAGCCUUGGGGGAGGUGGGUAGAGUGCUCAAGCCAGGCCAGGCUGCAUCCUUCUCUCCCCAUGUUUAGUCAUCGACCAACCUGUGGGGUGGAGCUCCCUCCUGUCCCCAGCACCCCCGGCCUUGUAGUCCUGAACCAUUGCUCCCAUGUCUCUGCUGCCUCCUCCCAGCCUCCCUGUACAUCAUUUUUCCCUUUAGGACUCUCAGCGAUCAGUUUCACCAAAAAGGGAAUUGUACUGGCUAGAAGCGCCCCAAUUGAAUAAUGUGCAUGGUUCAGACCACGGGCAAGGCCACCCAGGCCAUGUGUCCCAUACGUCCUAGUCAUCAUGGGGCUGGGAAUAGGGGUGUGUUGGUCACCAAAUAAUAGGUGGAGGAGUGGUUCUCAUAUUCACAUUCAGUAAAUGCACUCGAUGCUAAGGCUGUCCUCCAUGGGGGGGCUCCAGUGGGGCCUCAUCAGUGCCCCUCGUUUUCCCUGGGCCCGAGAGUCUCAUACUCCUCGUGAGGACUGGCAUGUUCUGUUCCCUGGGUGCUGGCCUGUUUUCCUGAGUCGACCAGAGCCCAGCAUGGAACCCCACCCCAACUGUGUUCAGGGGACUCACAUGUCUCCAGGAUUCAAGUGGGGCUGCACUCUCCAUGUCGGGGCUCUUGGUGACUCAUGGGAAGGGAUAAACUAAUCAUUUCUAGAAGAGCGUCAGGAUGGUCUGGGUUUGCCCGUCUUCCCAUUACUUCCACACACACCUGCCGCCGGGUGUCGGGAGCUGGGAGAGAACUGGGAUCCUCACCUAAUCCACAGACUCCAAGGCUACCAGGCAGAGUCAGAGCAGAGCCUGCCACCGCCACCACCACCACCACACCACCACCACCGGAAGCCCUCCUGGGCUGCACUGGGAGUGGUUUGCACUUUAGGUAAAAGGGACCGCCUCUUGGUAAAUCCCUUUUGACCCGGGGGUCAAUCCCAGAAUUGGGGGGGGCUGUACCUCUUUCCUCCUCAGGCCCCGGAUGUGUGUUCGUGAAAACAGGGGAAGGCACUGCGGGCACCCUCCCCACAUGUCAGCUCUCACGGGGUGGGGUCCUGACCCCUUCUGUGCUGCAGGCAGGGUGGGUUAGCUCCCUCUGCCCGCGAGGUCGCCAGCAAGCUGGGGCUGUCACUUCUGUGAGGCGCCUUGAAGAAGACAAGCCAAACCUUUGAACAUUAGGAAAUGCUAGAAAUUCAGACAAGAGACAUAUGUCCCCUUAAAAUAUGUAAAUGUGCUAGAAUAAGGUCAGUCUGCCGCCUUUGUUAUAAAAACCGUGGCCUCCCCUGGGGCCUUGGGUAAUGGUUUACACGUGUGCAUUGUGCUGUUUUCUCCCUCGGCCAGCUGGUCGUGGACCCGAACUUGCCAUUGCCACACCCAGACCUUGCCCUUAGGAGCCCCCAAAGUAGAGUUACGACGCCGGUGUUGUUGGUGUGACAAUUACGCAAUCCUGUCCCGCUAGGUGUUAUCCUACGAACAGUAUUUUAAGGCUGAGGAGGUUUCAAGGUGGAAGAUCUCAGAAAAGUGCUAAAAUCAAAACUGUUUUCCUGUGAAGAAAAAAAUGUAUGUCUCUAUAUUGCACCUCAGAUUGUCAGAAGGUGGAAACUUAAAUACAUUAUCUUUA